GCUUGCUGUCACAGCCCUCAACUUCUUAAGAGCUCCACGCAGCUCUUUGACCACCACCUGAAAUCCUAGUAAAAUGAACAGAGGGGGAUUCGGUGGUCCGCGUCAAGGUAAUAACUUCAUGGGAGGGGGCGGAGGAGGAGGAGGACUCAUCCCACACAACAACCCGCCAAACCACCUAUCGAUUGGCACCAGCACAAACAACCAGGAUCCUGCAGCGAAGGCUUCCCGCAUCUUCAUUGGCAACCUCAACCCCCUGCAUUCCGAUAGGCAGAAGAUUUACGAGAUCUUCCGGGAGUAUGGCACCAUCACCGGUAUGUCCAUCCAAAAAGGGUAUGGAUUCAUUCAGUUCACUUCAGAGCUCGAGGCCAGAGCUGCAGUGGAGGCCGAGCAUGGGAGGAGGUUGGGAACGCACAAUGCUCAACAUCUAGACUUACGUGUUGCCAGUGAGCCUGAUGAAAACAGACCAGUUGGAUUCAAAAGAGCUUUUGGAGAGUAUGCUAAUUUUGAGUUCUAUGACCCAGGUUUAUUACCUGCUCAACCGUCAGCUGCCAAGAGACGUAGAUUCCAAGAUCCUACAUUGGAUGAUGAAAGGAGUGGAGAUGAACCACCAGCGUGGGUGUGUGCCAUCUGCAAGCACGUGGAGGUCUCACCCUGGGAGUUGAUGAAGCAUGCCGCUGCCGUUCACCAGCUGCUUAUCUAUGACCUGAAGGCGGGGAACAAGAACAAGACUGGCAAUGGAACCAUAUAGAGACAAUCCAUCUUGCCAACAUGCAGCUUAUAAAGAGGUGGGGGGAUACUCUGAAAUGGGGCUGCCGAGGGUGUGGUUCUGUAUUAGCGCACCAAGUAAAGGUAGGAAAAGGACAAAUUGUUCUAUAAUAUUACACAUAGGCUAGUGUUUUCAAAGAUUCUAUGAAGUCAUUAUGGAUUUGAAUCCUUUUCCUUAAA